AUGAUCGAAGUAACAUCGAGUCUACCACCCAUGGAUAGAGGAAAAGAUGCUUGGCUUUUUCUAGCCGCAGCCUUCACUGUCGAAGUCCUAACAGUUGGCUUCUCUUUUUCCUACGGCCGUUUCCAAGAACACUACAGCACCACGCCUCCCUUCUCGGGCUCUGAUAAUAUCGCAGUCAUCGGCGUUUUGAAUCAAGGCCUCAUCCUCAUCAGCAUGCUUCCCAUCGUUCAACUCGCUCGCCGGAAACCGCAUUGGGCACGCUGGAUGGCAACAGCAGGUCUCCUCGGAUGUGUCGUCUCAAACAUAGCAAGCUCCUUUUGCACCAGUAUAACUCAGCUCAUCGGCACCCAGGGCAUACUCCUCGGCAUCAGCGGAAGCGUCGCUUUCUGUCCUCUUCUCAUCUUCGCAGACCAGUGGUUUGACAAGCGCAAGGGCCUGGCGUUUGGUAUCAUAGGCAGUGGAAGCGGAUUCGGAGGUCUCCUCCUCCCUCUCCUUAUCAACGCCUUGCUUACCAGAGUGGGAUUCCAGACUACCAUGCGUAUCCUGGCUGGUAUGAUUUUCGGUCUUGGGAUGCCACUGGCUUACUUUGUGAGACCCAGACUACCGCCGGCUGCCACGGAUACAAAGAAGCCAUUCUGGAACUGGAGGCUUCUCCACUCACGAUCUUUUCUCCUUCAUCAAAUUGCUAAUCUCGUUCAGGGUGCUGGCUACUAUCUGCCUGGCAUUUAUCUACCUACCUUCACCCGCCACGUCUUUGGCGCUUCGGAUUGGUUAUCAACUCUCUCGCUUAUGCUCUUGAAUUUGUCUACUAUGAUAGGGCUCGUCAUAAUGGGCUAUAUGACUGAUCGGUUAAACUCCCGGAAAUGCAUUGCCAUGUCCGCUGUGGGUGCUACUCUCUCUGUCUUCCUUUUUUGGGGCUUGGCCGUACAUGUUGCUGUCCUUUUCGUCUUCUGCAUACUGUUCGGAUUGUUCGGGGGUGGCUUUCCCGCGGCUUGGCCGGCUGUUAUGAGAGAGACAGCUGAGAAGGCGGAGGCAAGGGGUCUCGGUCAUGUAGAUACUAUGCUGAUAUUCUCUCUGUUUUGUGUUAGUAGAGGGAUUGGAAACAUCGUCUCCGGUCCUCUGAGCGAGGCGCUUGUUGAUCAGAUGCCUUGGGAAGGGGAUGCAAUUGGCGCUUACGGAAGCGAAUAUGGUGGACUUGUCGUCUUCUGCGGAAUAAGCUCUCUCGUAAGUGGCAUGAAUGCGUUAUGGUAUCAUCGUUUAUAAGAGUUGGAGCAUUGCAAUGUACAAGGAAGUUGUUUGUACUGUAACCAAAUCCAUUUCCGUAAC